AUGAAAUGUCUUCAAGUUAAUCAUCAUUCUCCCUCUUUUUCUAUCUCCUCUUUUGAUACCUCUAAGGAACCUACCGAUUCCACUACCACCAUCACAACCUUCUACUCUGCUCUGCUUCCAUCACUCUAUGAGAAAAAACCUAAAACCUCCUACCGCCAUCACAACGAUGCUUCACCUACUGAAUCAAUAGUUACAGCAACUACCUCGUCAUCUGACUAUCCCAAGAAAAACCUAAACCAAGUCAUCAAUCCACUUCAAAAAACCCUAGGAACCAUCUAUCAGCUCUACCUCACUGUCUCUUCCUUAAACGUUUCCUCCUAA